AUGAAUGCUGCAUCAGCAAGCAAAAGGGACAACCACAAAUAUUGUGAGUUUCAUAGAGAUAACAGUCACACCACAGAUGAAUGCUGGCACCUAAACGAAGAGAUAGAAAAUCUAAGAGAAAGAGGAUCCCUUUCCCAGUUUGUUAAGAAAGAGGCAGAAGACAGAGAAAGUGAAGGAGAUCGGAAAAGGGAACGCAAGGAAGAUGCCCCUCGGAGGCCCAAGCCGGAACAUGCAGGUGUGGUUAACGUUAUAAUGGGCGGAUCAACAGGAGGAGAUAGCAAUACAACAAGGAAGAAGGCGGCCAGAAUGGUAUACUCAGUAAGCUCGGGCGCGCCAGAUGUAUGGAGGUUCGGAAGCAUCUCCUUCUCCGAGAUAGACAGCCACAGUUUGGCACUGCCCCAUGAAGACGCACUGGUGGUAAAAGGAAGGCUCAACAACUUUGAAAUAUCCAGGAUGCUUGUGGACACAGGAAGCUCGGUCAAUAAGAUUACAAUGGAGGUGUUCAAAAGAGUUGGACAAAAGAAAGAAGAUCUGACAAGGGUGUCCACACUGCUGGAAGGACUAGGCGGCAAAUCCGUACAAGUAGAAGGAUCUCUGGAAAUAGACGUUCAGUUGGGCGAUGGAGAUAUUUUCAAAGAAGUUCGAACUGAGUUCAUGAUAGUCAACAUGGACUUUGCCUAUCACGCGAUUCUGGGAAGGCACUUACUACAUGACACCUAUGCAUCCAUCUGCAUGAGGUAUUUGCUUAUGAAAAUACCCACAAAGGAGGGCGAAGCCAAAGUGAGAGGAUGCCAAAAGUCAGCAAGGGAGGCAUACUUCACAGCCAUAAAAAAAGUUCACAUAACGCUACCAGUGUUGACAGUAGAACCACCAGAGAGAAUAGAAAGAGCAGAACAUUAUGGAAACACCUAA